AUGGAAAUUUUAAGUCAAGCUUCGAACACGCAGUUUAUGUUCACUGCUGCGGCUGUGGCUGUUGUUUUAGUAUGCGCAGCAUUGGUAUUUGUAUUCGGGUUUCAUUCAGCAGAACAGCCGCAAUUUGAUAAGCUUCCUUUGGUUGUGGACGAUAGAAAAUCAUCCAACAAGAAGAAUAAAAAAAAAGACAAGAAGUCUUCACCCAAUCGCACUGUGUCUGAUGAUGUGAAGACUAAGUCUGAAAACUCUAAAAAGUCUCCAUCUAAGGAGGAAAAGGUAAAAGAGACAGAGAAACUGAAACCUAGGGAGAAACCUGCUGAACUCAAACCUGUGAAAAAAGAUACCCUAACUAAAAGUAAGAAGGGUAAGGUUGUUGAAGCUGAAAAGCCUGCUGAUUUUGAUGAUGGCGGAUGGCAAGAAGUACCUAAGAAAAGUGAUAAAAAGAAGACAAAGCCUGCUGAAGAGAAAGAGAAGAAGAAGGAUAGUCCUACCAAGAAGAAUAAAAAGGCUAAGGAUGCUGAUGUUGAAGCUGCUCAUCCUGUGAUACCUGUUGAAGACGAACCUGUUGAAGAAACUAUCAAGGUUAUCAGUGCUGAAGGACCACAGGUGGAUGAGGAUGCAGCUCGUGCUUUGCAAGCACAAGUUGAAGAGUUGCAGCGGGUUUUAAAGGAGAGAGAGCGCCGUGAUCAAGCUGCUCUGGCUAGCAAUGAAGAUGAAGAAUCCCCUGAUGUGGAUGAGUUGACUGAUGUAAAAGAUCUCAGGAGUAACAAGAAAAAAGAAAAUAAAGAAAAACAAAUCAAGAAGAAAACUGUAGAGACUGUGCCAGCAGUCAAGUCGGCACCCAAACCUGAGCCUGAAAAAGACAACUCUGACUCAGAAAAGCAAGAAAAUCAAAAGGCAGCUGUAUUCGACGAGCUUGGUGACACUUGGACUGAUGCUAAAGUGUCGAAAAAAAGCAAAAAAAAGGCCCGCAAAGACCAGUGA